AUGAAUAGCUAAUAUAGCAUUUAAGAAAACAAUAAUAAAGAAAAGUCAGGAAUGGCUAUUUAUAUCAAAAUCUUAUUAUUUUCAAAUUUACUUGGGUAUCUUGUAUUGAUUAUGGAAAGAAUUGUAGUGGUUUCAUUGGAACAGAUACAUUUUUAGCUAGAGUAACAACAGGAAAUAAGAUUUGUAGAUUAAAAUAAUGUGAAGAUAUUACUGGUGGAACUUCAAAUUCUAAUUGUAAUGGAGUUAUCUUAGGAAGGUCUUGUGUCUCUAAUGGAACCAAUUGUAUGGCAAUGACUGCUUGCUCAUCUUAGAAGAAUAUUACUUCUUGUAAUGGAGGUGGUUUAGAAAAUAGUAAAUAAGUUACUUGUGCUUUCACUCUUACUGGAACUGAUAAGGUUAAUGGAACUUGUAAGACAUUCACAGCAUGUGCAGAUGCUAGCAAAGAUAAAUUAGCUCGUACUACUAAUCCAUCAUGCAAAUGGACUGAAAAUUCAACAGGAACAUCUUCUGCUAAUCAUACAUGUGAUACAUUUGCAACUGAAACUGAUUGUAGACCUAUUCCAGGUUUUGAUGGAACUACAUACACAGUUUUUGUGUUGUAAAAUGGAAAAUGCACAGCAGCUGAUCCAGGAACUAUGACAGAUAACAAGAUAUGUUACAUUAAAUCGGCUUACACUUAUAGUUGGAAUGCCGCUACUAAUAAAUGUGAAAGUUGUAUUUCAGGAUCUGUUAAUCCAAACAAUUCAAAUGGAUCUAACACCUCAACAGAUCCAGGAACAGGAACAAAUACAGAUAGUGCAUUCAUUUUAUCAGCAAUUUCAUUUGGUAUUUUGGGAUUAAUGGCUUGA